UUUUCUGACAUCUGUGCGACAAUCAUGGCUACACGGGCAGAGGUUGUCUGGUUUGGUUUGCUGCUCUCAACGGCUAGUAAAUCAGCAGAGAGUGCAAUGGUAUUUAUCCGUGAACCAGACAAUCCCACCCAUGUUCCAGUUGGACAUAAUGCUUCCUUGGAGUGGGAUUACUCUAUUGAUGACAGAAAGACUGAGCUAGGAUCUAUUAUUUGGAGUAUUUUUGACACAGUGCAAAACAGAGAAUAUCCAAUAAUUGCAGAAGGGCCAGAUGGUAAAAGACAGUUUGGUACUUCUUUUCCACAAGCUCUAAGAGGAAGAGUCAACAUUAAGGGUCGUGCCACUCUCAUCAUUUCUAAUGUCACAGUGAAUGAUGCAGCACCUUUUCAAUGUGCACUCCGACCAAAGUCUGGACUUGAUCAAAAAAGUCUUGUCAGGCUGGUUGUAACAGUGCCACCCAAAGCAACUAUAGUGAAACCCAGAGUGAAAUAUGGUAAUGUAGGUGACCCAAUCACAUUUACCUGCAACACAAGUGGUUUUCCAACUCCAAACAUCACAUGGUACAGAGGCAACAAAAUCAUCACUGGAAGUAGUUACAGCACAAAUUCUGUAACUCCUGAGUCCUCGCAGCUGACCAUCAAAUGGGUAUCACAUGAUGCUCAGGAUUAUUAUAAUUGCCAAGCCUCUUCUAAUGGAAUGGAGCCAGCAAAUGCUAAAUGCUUUCUUGGAGUCAUUGAAGGUUUGAAGGAAGACAAUAAAUCAUGCACUAAGAGAAUGUAUGAGGUACAAAAAGGAGAAAAUGUUAACCUGUGUUGCCCAGUGACUGCCCAGCCAUCACCAGAAGUUGAAUGGACAUUUAAAGGUGUAAAACUUGGAAGAUUUCUAUCCACAGUUUUGGAUCUGUCUAAUAUCAGUGAUGCCGACUAUGGAUCUUAUGAAUGUACUGCAAGUGACUUGUCAGGAACAAGGAAAACUUUUCUGAUUACCCUAAAUGAAACAACAAGUACCAAGAUCGAAGAUGCCACACAGAAAAAAGUAAUAAAGAGGGGCGAGAAGUUCAAGUGGAAGUCCUCACUGAAACCUUUGCACUAUUUGAUUCAAUACAGUGGAAAAGAUAUACUUAAUGACGCUGUCGUUGGAAGUAGUGCAGACCAGUCACUUGAGAUUCCCUUCUCCACUUUGAAGUUUAAAUCUGAAGACAGGAAACCAGAUCCAGUAGAGGUGACCAUUGUAGUCUGGGCCAUUGACAUGGACGGCAUCAUAGGACAAGGCGGUCCUUUUCUGAAAGGUCUCUCCAACGAAACAUCAGCUGCAACAACUUCUGAGGCUUUCACCUUUACACUCAUUAUUUUAAUCUUUGGGGCUCUAAACCUUCAAUAGACCUUUUUAGGUAUUUGGCCACAUGGUGUGAAAUGAGUAAAACAAACUUCAAUGAAAUGUUUGCCCUGUGACGAUCACAGAAAUCUUUGCGCAAACUCAGUGAUCCGAUCAUUGGCAACUCAUUCUUGGAUGUAGAGAUUUGUUUACUUAAAUAGCUGAUAUGAUCUUUCCAAGUUAGCUGCUCGUCAAUACAUACCCCAAAAACUUAAGUAGCGUUGGUUUGUGUUAAAAGUUGGCCGCCAAGGGAGAUAGAGAAGUUGUGGUUACAUCUCCCUGAAAAUAAAAUGAGUCGUUUUCUUUACAUUCACCGAUAAUUUGUUACAAACUUCAAUAUUUUUUAGUUUGUUAUUUAGCACAGAUACUAAGGUAUUUGCGUUGGAGUGAAAAUAAAAAACACAAGUAUCGUCGGCAAAGAGCAGAAGCUCUAUCAAUUCUGAAGGAUUUUGGAGAUAGGUUAUGUAAAGAAUAAAAACAAGGGCUAAGAAUGGAACCUUCGAGUUGUUUAUGAUCUCAGUUAACGACUCCAUUUUGAUUGUCACCGAUUUCUCUUUUACGUCAGUCAUUUGAGUGACGAUUUAUCCGUGAAUAUGAAAAAUUCGGCGAGAGAAGGAAUUUCGUCCAUACGAUGUCGUCUGCGGCACAUACUUAAGCAGCCAUUUAGAUUACUGUUUACUCAUUUUAAACCAUAAGACCAGAGAGCCAAAAAGGUCUAUUCAGCUAGCUUGUGCAUGUUUUCAAGUUAAAGCAUACCAGCUUAUUUGAUUAUUUUAACCAGUUAGCUGGCAGCUAGUUUGUGCAUUUAUCCGGUUGAACCUUUUCGGCAGCUUAGUAUGUGAUAGAUUUAAAACAGAGGGUUCGUUUGUUUUUUGUUUUCGUCAAGCGGUCAUUGUAGUAGUCAAUUAUAAUAUGCAUGAUAUAUAACCGCCUAAUAUUAGGGUUCGAGCCCCGGCCGGACCAACACUCAGGGUCUUAAAAAUAGUUGAGAAGAAUUUGCUACCUUUCUAUAAC